AAGGCGGUGAAUCUGGUAAACCAUACAUUGGGGGCGUCCAUCUCUCCUGCCAACGCUAUUAUUAUAUCCCAGGACAACAAGCACUCUGCGGCCAUCCAUGGCAAGAGAAACAUUGGCACCAGUGGCACAAUUCUGGAGGUCAUAACUGGAGAUGAGAGAAGUGAUAAAGAUGCUUGUAGGGGCACCUCAGAGGUUAUAUAUGGCAAAUGUGAUACAUUGGGGCGAAGUGCGAAGCACGCAUCUUUUCAAAAAGAAAUUGUGAAUCACACUUGCUGUGGUGAGGAAGACCAAAGGAGGGCCUCCGAUGAUCACAUGGAGGAAAGCAUUGGCAGUGCCGGCAGAGAAGUCAAUGAUGAUGGAGUAGAUACUGAGAUUAGAAUACUCGCAAAAAGUAGACACAGGGAUGGUUCCAUAUACAGGGACAUGGAUGUUGAAUGGAAAAUGGAUUAUUGUAUUGCGGACCGUAAUGAGACUCGGUUGGAGGCAAUGACGUUAUCAAGACCCACAAAUUGUAUCAUGCACAAUGGAACUUGCUUGGAACAUUGUCUCUGUCGCAUGCUGCAAAUUUUGUCACUAAAGUUGGCUAAAACUCCGGUGGAUUCUGGCUUAAUAGAGUUGUAUGGAUACAUAGCAGUGCGGGAUAAUCUGGAUCCAUUGCUUAAUUAUAUCGCCAAUUUUAGCAGGGAUGAUCCCAUUGUUGUGGAGCCGGGUGCUCUCAUCCCAAUGGCUGGCCCUAAGCGAGGGAUAGAAAUGUUGGACUAUACUCUGAUCGAAUAUGACAUGAGGGUCAAGACAGGCCAAGAAGAAAAGGAUGACCUACAGCUGAUCGAUGGUGCAUCAUUCAUAUGCCCUUCAGGCGAUUGGAAUGUACCAUAUACAAUGCGCAUCCCUGGUGAUUAUGGCGCAGUUGACAUAACAUUAUCACGUCUUAGUUAUGCAGUUGAGGCGACUGUAGAGGUUCUCAUAUCUGAAGUGCAAAGCAGGUUUGAUUUGUCACUCAGUUGUUUAACUAGUGGGCUGAAUAAAGGAAUCUGGCUGUUUGACGGUGCCAUCGUGGAGGCAUGUAGCUUAAAGAGGUCUGUGGUCGCUGUUCGAAUGAAUUCUUUGAUAGAUCUGAAGUUCAAAAUAGGUGUCUUGCCAUCGAGUUCCGACCAUUGUUGUUCCUUCAAGGCGAAAAUCCAUGGACAUGAAACUCGGGAAAUAAAGACUGAUCUUGCUUUAAUCUUAGUGAAGGUCACUUGGUCGACCUUGCCGUUUGGACUAGACUGAUAGCUCUUCUGAUUCCUAGACUGAUAGCUCUUCUGAUUCUGUAACGAGUGGGUCCAAGACACCAGCAACAUUAUUGCUUUCUAAACAUAGCUGUGGCAAACUUGGAUUAUGAACUACUGUAAUAAAUUAGUCUUACUUUCUACU